GCCCUUCCUGGAGGUGAGAGGAGGCGGUGCCGGGCCCGGAGCGGGACAGGGUUAGGCCCCGCCAGCGCCACGGGGCGGUCCCCGUAGGCGAGGCGGGCGCCGAGGGCCCGCGGAGGCUGCCGGUCCCCUGCGGGGCGGUACGAGCCGCGCCCCGCGCUACCCCCGCGGCCUACCCGCCGCCCCCGCCCCGGGGGCGGGGCGGGCCAGGCUCAGAAGAGCCGCCCGCGUUUGCCACCUGAGCCGCCUCGUCUCUUUUGCACUCCGGGGCACGAUGGGGUUCGUCCUCUCCAAGUCCAUGAACGACAGCCUGAGGGCUCAGCAGGAGUUUAUGGCGAUGAACUCGCGGCUUCAGCUGGAAAGGCAAUUACUGAUGCAGAACCAGAUGAGAGAGAGACAAACAGCCAUGCAGAUUGCUUGGACUCGGGAAUUUCUCAAAUAUUUUGGGACGUUUUUUGGACUUGCUGCUGUAGGUUUAACAGCUGGAGCAAUAAAAAAGAAGAACCCAGGAGUUUUACUGCCAAUAGUUCCCUUAAGCUUUAUAUUUGCCUAUCAAUAUGAUAUGGGCUAUGGGACACUGUUGCAAAGAAUAAAAGGUGAAGCAGAGAACAUUUUGGACACACAGAGCACUUUGCUAGAAUUGCCGAAAGGACCACUCACUUAUGAAGAGCUGGAGAAAAUCAGAAGAUCUCAGAGCAAGAUCUUCAUAGAAAAAUAGGAAGAUGGGAUUAAAGCUUAACAUCUGAAAUGUGAUUUUAAUAGUGGUUUCAGACAUAAAUGAAUCAUUAAAAUUUUGAGAAAAAUAUGAGCUUUUAUAAAAUCGAAAUACAGUUCAUAAAAAAAACCAAAACUUUCUAAAGCAAUGAUUUUUAUAUUGUGUAUAUCUCUUGACAACACCCAUUGUUGCUGUAGUAUAUUUUCUUGUUUAGAAUUAAAUAUUGAAUUUACACUGUUUAUUUAGAGUCUGAAAAUAACUUUCACCUGUAGUAAAAAUGUCUGGUACUGACCAAACUUACUAUAAUCAACAAAAAUAAGUUAAUUGGUAGUUACAGAUUUGUAUAAAUAUGGUCAUAAUUUUCAAAUAUAUUUAAGGAUGCACAGCUCAAUUUGAAGGCAGGAAUAGACAGUCAACUUCGAAAAAUAAGACACUUUUAAUUUGCUGUUCUUUAGGCAGUAAACUCACCAUCUCUGCUUCAAAUUCUGGAAUAAACAGCUUUUAUCAGAAGUAGGUUCAGAAGCAAACACGUCACUUGCUAACUGUGUGUUUUACUCUUAAGAAAAACUGUAUUAAAGUAUGAGCAGAGAUAAUUUCUCAAAAAGAGAAAACAAAUUAUGUAGCUAUUUCCUGAAUCUUUUUCAUGCUUGUUUGACAUUCUGAAACUCAGGAUAAUUUGUUUACAUGAAAUCAGAGUUUCACUACUAAGAUGAAUAUUAACUUAGGCUAACAGCAAGUAAAAUUAUUAAUGUAUGUUUUUGUAAUUGGUAGAUCCAAGGGGCCUUGCAAGUACUGAAAAACUGAGGGAUUUUUUGCAUGCCUUUACUCUUGCAUGUUAUAUACUGAGAAUAUAAUUUUAGUAUGUUUUAGUAUUCUGAUGUUACACUUGGCAAAAAAAUGCAUCUUUCUGUAUUGGAAAUCUUGUUUAGAACAAGAUUAUUUUGUGUUUUGGAUGGAAAGUCUUCUAGCAUUAGCCUAAUUGCAGAAUGAAAAACAAAUGCUCAAAAAGCAUCCAGUAAUGAAUUAAGCCUAAGUCUGUAUUGACAAUUUGUUGAUUUAAAAAUUAAGUUCUGGCUGGAGAUAAUGCCCUGAAUCUGUUUUUGAAGACGACUUGACUAAAAUCAGAAUAUUGUUACAGUAAGACAAGUGAAUAUGUAAUAAAACAAAAGCUUCUCAAUGUAGAAUAAAUUAAUAGCACAGUUUCCAUAGCUGUGUAAGACUGAUUUCUGAAAGUGCAUUCACUUCCGCAUUCAAUCACUUCUAUAAUUGGUUCUGUCAUUGUGUGUUAAUGAUGAAUACAAUCUAUAACGGAUGUCAAAUGGUAUGCAUUUUAAUGUGCAGAGUGAUAAAAUAGGUUAUAAUAGCUUGGUUUACACUUUGGCUGUUUAGGAUUUAAGGCAUUGAUUUUAAUUGGCUUGGAAGGCGUGCCUCAACUCAGCCUAUGGUGCUACCCAUAUUCUGUGAGCUCACAAAAUGCAGCCCAAGACCACCUCAUAUUUUCUGCCUGUCCUGUAACGGAAUCCCUCACCACUUGCUGCUAUAUUAUGUACUACACUUAGGACAUAUAUAUCCCUGCUUACCUGUUUUGCUUUGAGUAACAGGUCAUCUGUUAUUCAUCUGCUCCCUUUCCUCUAAGUUCUGAAGUCCACCUUGCUUUAAUUUUGAAGAAGUUAUAAUAGCUUUUUAUGUUUUGACCUCUGUCAUAUAUUCAUCCUCUUUCUUCUGAGAAAGAAAAACAAUUAAACCAGCUUGUUUUGGCAUUUGUGUGUCUCCACCUGUGCCUUUUAACCCACCUUUUAAAAAUAUGAAAGCCAUUUUGGCAAGUGAGCAGUUUUACUUACAAAUCCUAGAAAAUUAGGAAAUACCCUAAUCCUGUCCACUGUUAAUUAGGAAUGAAUAUCUGUGUGUUUGCAAUAGAUUGCUGGUUAUGGUGCUGGAUCAAAAGGCGGUGUUAAAGCAAGCAAGCAGGCUAAGCAAAAUAAUGACCCUAACAGCAGUUUUAGAAGAUAAUAGGAUAGCAAUUUAUUGCUUCAUCCUAGCUAGAUUUGAAUUUUUUUUUUCUCCCAAAGGUUAAGCUUAGAUCAAUAAUGUUAAUCCACACUAAAGACCCCACGCUAAAAAGUGACAACAGCGGGGCAAGUAUGAUUCAGUGUUACAAAGUGAGUAAAUUUCACCAAGUAAUUGUUGAAAAUUACCAAAUUUAUAAGGGAAAAGCGACAGGCUCUAAGCAGGACAGUCUAAUGCCAAACCCAGAAAUUUAUUUAAAUGGGCAACAUAGAAUGUGCCAAAGAUUGUCAAGAAGUUAAGGGUUAGUCACCUUUACUGCCUUUAUUUUUUUACUAUUGGCUUUGCUUUUUUUGUGAUAAAUAUAUACUUCUGUUUUGAAGACGCUCAUUCUUUGUUAUGGAUUAUUUACUCUACUGCCAGUGCGUUAAUCAAAAUUCUUGCAUGUGCCAAGCCUGGUCAUAUCUGUCACAUAGAUAUGCAGCUACAGAGCAGUUGAACUGUAUUAUUUCCUUCUGAGAGCAAUGAAAGAAAGCAGGAAAGCUUACCUUUGACAGGGUCUACUUCAGGGAAAUAGAUGUUUACAGCACAAGUUGCCCGUAAUCAUCAUACCCGUUGUACUCAUAGAAAUAAAUAAAUAAAACACCUAAAAUAUCCUGCUCUCUUCUGUCAUUGGCGCUCAGCUGGCUUCAGCUGUAAGACUUACUUUAAUAUAUUACAGUAACUGUCUUUGUUUUUCAUGAAUCACUGGGGAAGAGAAGGAGAAUAACUGCAGGGGGAGCUUGUUCUGACCUGAGGGCACUAUUCUUGCCACCUUAAUCCUGUUGGUUUUUUCUGGUCAUAAGGUCUGAUAGUCAUGCAUCCUGAAUCAGUGUCACUCAGAACAGGAUUCUUCCGGGAAAGUGAGAAGUCAGUCAUGAUUAGGAUGUCAAAAUUAAACUCUUUGUGUUCUCAUUAUGGAUAUGUCGUCUUUAGAAUCCAAGGAAGUGCACGCAGAUUGCGAGCCAUGACUGCCCCACACUUCUCUUGUUAAUCAGGUUUUGAGAGGAUACAUGAGUAUUGUUGAGAAACAAGUGAAGUUACUUUGGGGGGGCAGGGCAGACAGUUUGGGCCUUUUCCUUUGUUCCUUGGAUGAAUGAUUUAGCUCUUCUUAACCUUUUUCAUGGUAGGGAAAGUUAAUUCUUGACAGCCCUUUCCUAAAUGUUUUGAAGUUAUUUUAUGACUCCAUAUCACUGCUUUUAAAAGAAGAAGGGGAGGGUCCACUUAUGUGGACAUGCCCAAACGAGAUAGUUUCUGCAUUAUUAUUUAAUUGCUUUAUCAGUCUUGGAAUUAAUUAUAUCAUAGAAUCAUAGAAUGGUUUGGGUUGGAAGGGACCUUAAAGAUCAUCUAGUUCCAACCCCCCUGCCCUGGGCAGGGACAUCUUCCACUAGACCAGGCUGCUCAAAGCGCCAUACAGUCUGGUCUUGAACACUUCCAGGGAUGAGGCAUCGACAGCUUCCCUGGGCAACCUGUUCCAGUGCCUCACCACCCUCACAGUAAAGAAUUUCUUCCUGAUAUCCAAUCUAAAUCUACCCCCUUUCAGUCUGAGGCCGUCACCCUGUGUCCUAUCAUUACGCUCCUUGAUGAAGAGUCCCUCCCCAUCCUUCCUGUAGCCCCGUUUAGGUACUGGAAGGACAUUAUAAGGUCUCCGUGGAGCCUUCUCUUCUCAGGCUGAGAAUAUAAAAAUGCUUGGAUUUCUUCAUUUUUUAACUAUUUUAACUAUUGGCUUUCUAAAACUCAUGAUCAUCUUCUGAUGAAGCCCUACGUGAGGUAGCUGGAUACCAGUGGUACUUAUUCACCAAUCACAUGCAUGCAGUGGUAUUCCACAUUUCUUGCAGAACCCUGUCUACUAAUAAGGAAACUUAAGAAAUAUUUUAAAUUCACAUUUGGGCAACUUUCAAAGACUAAGUAGUUCUUGCAGCAGUGAAUUGCAUGAAUUUGAAAUGAAGUCUCUGAAAAAAAACUAAUGAAGCCUGUGUAUUUCCGUCCUACUUCUGAUCUUCUGAGCAGAUUGUCUGACAUUUAUCAUGUGAAUAAGCCUUUCAUUCAAGGUAUUCAAGGCUAUCAAGGUAAUGUUAAAAGCUGUCGUCUUUAUUUAGCCACCUGUUUUCGUUAAACCUCCUCUGCCUUCUAUAAACUUUGAUUGCUAUUGGCCAACAGAACCAAAAUUUAUUGCAAGGGAGGGAAACGGUACAAUCAUCUUUACCUUAUUUUCAGAAACUAAAAAAUACAAAAUACUUGCAUUGAGACAAGUACACUGGAUAUACCUAUUUUGCAAGAGCCUACAGAUCACAAAUGGAAUUUUAUUUCUUUUGCUGUUGUCUGUUCUUCUUUAUUAUACAAACAGUAAGAAGGUGAAUAGUUACUUCAGAUUGAUUGUACUUAAAUUAUUUAUUUUCUUCUGUAUGUAUUGUUUUGAAUAGAAGUAGUUUUUCUAACUAUGAUGAACAGAUAAACAAACCUUGCCUCUGACCUGAUUUAAAUUCAUGCCAGAUUACUAAGACGUUGACAGUUAGGCUUUUCUGUAUGAAGUCCUGUAUGAUUUAAAGUUAUAUGACUAACAUAGUAGGUUUCUUUAUAACCUACCAUUCAUAUCACAGCAGAAGUAGUCAAAAGGCAAUACUGCUAAAAUGUCUGGAGGAAAAAUACUCAGUGUACACCCUACUAGUAAAACUGCAUUGAGCAUAGUAACAUUAAGCAAUGUCAAGCUACUGCCAGCUCAUUCAGAUAUGAUCCUUAAUAAAACUC